AUGGAAGAACAACUCAAAGCUCUCAUGGGCGAGGUCAACGAUGUUGCCUUCAGUCAAACACUGGCUGCUAUCAUGGUCACGACUUCAGGAACUGACACGGAGGUGCACUGGAUCAAAAUUCGGACGAGGAUGGGUGGAUCUUCCUAUGUUGACUCGCCUCGAGAUCCAUCCUAUGGAAUCGACGACGACAGUCGAGUGGGUACAGAGUCCAAGGAGCCCCUGCGCUAUCUUGCGACCUCGAUGGACGUGGGAUUGGUAUCUUCCCUGUCUGCCGGAUUUGCAGCUGACUUCUAA